AUGGAGCUGAACGACGUGAUUGGUGGAAAUGUUGCGACUGACGGCGACCAUCUGGCUGGCCCGUGCGACGGCGACAUGGAAGGCGACAUGGAUGGCGACCUUUUGGAGGGAGACGACGUUCUGGGUGCGUCGUGGGAUGCGUGCGACCACACCGGCAAUCUCGAGGCAAUUCUCAGAUCGUCGUACCAGACCGCGAGGCACGCCCAAUCCGGUUCUGCGACAGGCCAGCAUCACGUGCAGUCUUCCAUCGCCGGAAUUCUCUCCCACAUUCACGCUUCCGCGGCCUCACCCGGAACGGCGGACGCGGGGAAGUUGCUCUGGGAAGGCCCGGCUGGCGAAUUCGAAGCCGCGCGUCGACGCGGGGUAUGCGAAUCUGAGCGACGAGGCGAAGGCGACGGCGCAAACGCGAAAUGUGCAACGGUUCCAGCCACGGCUGUUGCGGAGGCGACGGAGGGAGGUGGCACGGAGAGGGCUCGCGACACGGUUGAGAAGCUUAGCGUCGUGGAGGCUCCCCUCGCUACCACUUCUGCCACCGCCACCACAGCCACGCGUACCACCAAGAUAACCACUCCUCCCCGCUCCAACGCCACCCCUCCGCGGACCAACCCCACUCCUGCCCGCUGCACCCCCACUCCUCCCAAUUCCUCUGGCACUCCCGCUCGAAGCAUCCGGCCGUCACCGUUCCGCCGCCUCCCCUCGUCACCCGCCUUCUCCCCCGCUGCUCCCGCCGUCACCUCGUCCCCGUUGCCCUCCCAUCCCUGCGCCUUCCCUCCCGCCCCUCCCACCCAUCGCACCGUCCCGUACCCCUCACAACCGGGCCUCUCAUUCCCGCCUAGCCCCUCUCCUUUCCCUGCGCCCCCGCUCGCGCCUGCGCCAUCCGCGCAGCGCGGGCUGCCGCCCUAUCCGCGCCUGCCCUUCUUCCCCAACUACCACCAGGCCUAUCCCGCAGCCGCGCUUCCCCUUCCCCCCAUGCCCGCGAGCUUCUUAGCUGGCGCUGCUGGUGCCGCGGCCUCUGCUAGCAGUGCUGCCGCCGCUGGUACCUCUGGUGCUGCUAGUAGCCCUGCUGGCGAGGCAGCGGGUGCUGGUGCUGCAGGCGCAUCAGCGAAGGUAUCAACGCCCAGUCGAGUCGCUGCAUCUGCUGCGGUGAAUCCACCCAGCAAUGCACCCAUCAGCGCACCUAUCAGCGCAAACACAGUCGCGUCUACAGGGAAUGCUGUUCGUAUGGCUGCCGUUGGGCCUGUGCCUCCUCACAUGCCUGCUCGCACUCUCAUGCCCUUCCCUGGUACCACCAUGCCGGCACCCGCGUUCUUCCCAGGUGGCAGCAUGGGUCAACCAUACCCUCCUCCAUUCUUCUACCAAUCCCGGCUGCACUCCACUGCAUCAGCUGCUGCGCAUGCAUCAGCAGCAUCAGCUCCAACAGCCCAACAGGGGACUAGCUCUCAGCAGGAGCAGCAACUGCUGGGUCGGCAGAUGUACCUGUUUCACCGGCAGCAGCAGCUGAUGCGCAUGCAGCAACAGAGGCAGCAGCAGCAGCAGCAGCAGCAGGAUAAGCAGCGGGAGAAGCAGAACGAGGUGCUGAAAGCAGAGCAGCAGGAGAAGCCAUUGAACAUGCACAGGACGGGCGAGACAAACCCACAACCUGUUGUACGCGCGAAGCAAGAAGCAGGUGGGGACGACACGACCCGCAGCGGCGAUAGCCGCCCUUGCACGCCAGCUGCCGCUGUUGCUGGUGCAACAGGUGAUACAGCCGCACUGUCUGCACCUGUUGCCACCACUGCACGCGCAUCUUCAAACCCUGGUGAAUCUGCUCGUCCUGUCCAGGCCGACGCCUCACUCGCUCCUUCCCCACCUGCAGCCGCACCUGCAGCAACGGACUUCAGUGAAAACCAGAUAGGACGUGACUGUAACGAGGGGAAGAAGAGGGCCCGUGAGGCACAGCAGGAGAUGGUGGAGGUGGGUGGAACGGACGCAGUUGGACAGGGGCGAAGCAAACGUCUCAGGACAGCAGAGGAGACUGUUAGGACCGAGCCCGAGGGAGAAGCCAAGGCAGGGGAUGCUUUCAUGGCAGAGGCAGCAGUGAAAGCGGAGCAGCAGGAUGGGUGUCAGGCCAAGGAGCCCUCACUGCAGCAUGCCGCUUCCUCCACGGAUGCAGCAGCAAGAGAGUCAGCAAGACGGUCGGCAGGAGGAGCUGGGCCAGCAGUUAACGAGAGAGCUGGUUCGAUGGAGUGCGGGGAAGAAGGCAUGGAAGUCGAGUCUGCCGCCUUGGGCCAGCUCUAUUCUACCAUUGCUCAGCUCGACGUCACCACCCGUGAUUGCAUUCGCAGUGCCCUCCUCCGCCUUGCCACCAGCGCUCAAUCCCGUGCCAUGUCACAAUCUGCCGCCACCGGCACCACCUCUGUUCCUGCUUCACCUGCUGCUUCUGUGCGCGAAUGUUCUGCUACCGAUGCUGCUCUUCAUGGCACCCCCGACCCCCACCUCCACCCACUCUUUCCCCGCAACGUCCCCUUCCUCUUCGCACUCCACCCACCCAGCAGCCUCAGCCUCACAAGCUCCAUCCCACUCGCACGUGCCAUCCCACUCGCAUGCAGCCUCGACGCUCCUCGUGCACUCCCACUCCGCCACCUCCCUCACUGCCUCUUUCUGCUCCUCUGCUACCCCCACCUCUAUUCCGCAAACUUCAUCCACACCACACGCUCACGCAACCAGCUCAGCCAGCCAGCUGGCGAGAUGUGGGUGAUUCCAGGUCAGCAUUCCCGUGGUGCUGGGGCGAUGCCUGCUGCAUCCCCAGCUGGUGCUGUCACUACUGCUGGAGAGGCCAGAUUAAGUCAGGGUUUGCAGCAGCGUGCGGUGAGUGGUGUGGGAAACGAUAAUCGCAAUCAUCCCUGCUUGACCUGUUAUUAG